AUGGAGGCAUCACACGGCCCAGAGCCGAUUGCAAUCAUCGGCCUCAGCUGUAAACUUGCUGGAGAGGCUGAUAGCCCUACCAAACUAUGGGAAAUGGUUUCCAAAGGGCGCGAUGCUUGGUCUCAAAUCCCGUCGUCCAGGUUCAAUUGGACGGGGUCCUACCAUGCCGACCAGAAGAGACUGGGUGCCAUGCAUGUCCGUGCAGGGUAUUUCCUUGAGCAUGACGUUGGGAAUUUUGAUGCAGCUUUCUUCAACCUCUCUGCCGAAACUGCAGCAUCUAUGGACCCUCAGUUUAGACUCCAGUUAGAGUCUGUGUAUGAGGCACUAGAGAACGCGGGCCAGCCGUUGGCGAAGGUGGCCGGCUCAGAUACGUCAGUCUACAUGGGGACGUUCAAUCACGACUACAGAGAGAGUAUGGUCCGAGAUGAAGAUGAUUUGCCACGCUUCAUGAUCACAGGUACCGGUGCUGCUAUGGCAUCAAACCGUGUUUCGCACUUUUUUGAUCUCAGAGGUGCUAGUAUGACACUGGAUACAGGCUGCUCAACCUCUUUGGUAGCUUUGCACCAAGCAGUGAGGGACCUUCGAUCUGGUUCCUCAGGUAUGGCUGUUAUAGGAGGUGCAAAUCUGAUGCUUAAUCCAGAUAUGUUUAAGGCCCUUGGAUCCAUAGGUGUCCUCUCGCCGGAUGGAAAGUCAUACUCUUUCGACUCCAGGGCCAACGGCUAUGGGCGAGGAGAAGGUGUAGCUACAGUCAUCAUUAAGCGCUGGAGAGAUGCCAUAGCAGACGGGGAUCCCAUCCGGGCCGUUAUUCGUGAGACGUGGCUCAACCAGGACGGCAAGACCGAGACAAUUACUUCUCCCAGCUCAGACGCCCAAGAAGAACUCAUCAGGAAGUGCUACAGUAGUGCUUUGCUAGAUCCCCUCGAAACACAGUACUUCGAAGCCCACGGUACCGGAACGCCAACAGGUGAUCCCAUUGAACUUCGAGCAGUUGCAGCGGUGUUCCAGCCCAGGCGACAGGGCAGAGAGCCGCUGCGGAUUGGUUCUAUCAAGGCGAACAUCGGCCACACCGAACCACUCAGCGGCCUAGCAAGUUUGAUCAAGGUCGUAUUGGCUCUCGAGCAUGGCACUAUCCCACCGUCCAUCAAUUUUGAGACACCAAAUGCAAAGCUCAACUUGGAUGCUUGGAACUUCAAGGUUCCACGGGAACUGGAACCUUGGCCUGUCAACUCAAUUGGCACCAGGAGGGCAUCGAUUAAUAACUUUGGGUAUGGCGGUACAAACGCCCAUAUUAUUGUCGAGAUGGGACCUCUGUGGGAGCCUGCGGCCAAGGCGAGCAAGGCCAACGGGUCAAGUCACACAAACGGAUUUCAUGACAACGAUAGCUUGAAGAUCGUGACAAAGCCCAACGGGGUAACUUCCGACAAGAGUAGUGAAACGGAUCCACACAGGAAUAAAACCAAAGUCUUACUAGUCAGCGCGAAAGACGAGCGAGGAUGUCAAGAAAUGGUCCUCAAGCUCAAGGAAUAUCUCACUCAGCAGAGGGAGAGUGAACACCCGGACCAGGUCUUACAAAGUGUCGUAUACACCUACGGACAGCGGCGCAGUACACUUCCUUGGAUCGCAGCAUAUCCCAUAUCUUACACGCGUGGCAUCGAUCAAGUUGUCGAGUCCCUUGGGUCAUCCCAUUUCAAGCCCAAGCGUAUCACAGGGCAGCCGCGCAUAGGAAUGGUCUUUACAGGCCAGGGGGCUCAGUGGUACGCUAUGGGGCGAGAACUGAUGAUUGCUUACCCGGUAUUCAAGUCUAGUCUCCGGGAGGCCGAGACGUACCUGAGCGAGCUCGGUGCAGAUUGGUCGCUCAUAGAGGAGCUUAUGCGAGACGCAGACACCACGAGAGUUUAUGACACUGCAGUGAGCAUCCCGAUCUGUGCUGCAUUGCAGAUAUCCCUAGUACGAUUACUUGCAAGAUGGGGAAUCAAGCCAGCAGCUGUGACGAGUCACUCGAGCGGAGAGAUCGCCGCUGCAUAUGCGGCUGGAGUCAUCAGCUACCGCUCAGCCAUAGCUAUCGCUUACCAUCGUAGCGUCUUGUCAGCUGACAAAAAACUACGGGGCUCCUUGGAAGGAGGAAUGCUGGCUGUGGGAGUUGGCUCUCAUGACGCCGAAGCGUACCUUGAGCGUGUGACGGGCGAUGGAAAAGCAUCUAUCGCGUGCAUCAAUAGCCAGAAAAGCGUCACUAUCGCUGGCGAUCUCCCCGCUGUCCUUCAGGUCGAGGCCAUGAUCAAGGGGGAUGGAAUACUGGCUAGUCGACUCAACGUGGAUAUUGGCUAUCAUUCACAUCAGAUGGAUCCCAUCUCUCAUCGCUACCGUGAGCUCUUGAGUAGACUAGAUCUUCGCAAUCCUUCAGAUGACUUGGAGUCCGUCAUCUACUCUUCCCCAGUCACCGGUGGCCUAAUGAGAGAUGCUGAGGAGAUCGCAAGCCCUGACCACUGGGUUGCAAGUCUUGUCCAGCCAGUCGAGUUCCUCGAUUCUUUCCAAGACAUGAUAUUCGGCAAUUUCGAUCCAUCUGGCACCAGCGUCGAUGUCAUUGUCGAAGUUGGACCGCAUUCUGCACUGCGUGGUCCCAUCAGACAGAUUCUUGAGCUUCCAGAAUUCGCCGAUAUCUCACUUCCCUAUUAUUCCUGUCUUGCACGGAAAGUCAACGCCAGGGAUACCAUGCAAGCCUUGGCGGCGAACUUGAUUACAGAAGGACUGGUUCUUGAUCUUGAGGCAUUGAACUUCCCCUAUGGGAAAGAAGCUUCGGUCCAGGUGCUGGCAGACCUUCCCAGCUAUGCAUGGAAUCACCAGACAAGACAUUGGGUUGAGCCGCGCUUUAAUAAAGCUUUAAGAGAUAGAACUCAGGAGCCGCACGACCUGAUUGGGUCACUGGUACUCGGCACAGACCUCAACGCUCCGGCGUGGCGCCACGUGCUUCGUAUCAAUGAGUCACCCUGGCUUCGAGAUCACGUUGUACAGUCCAACACCCUGUAUCCUGGAGCAGGCUUUGUAUGCCUGGCCUUGGCGGCUGUCGAACAGCUGGUAUCGAUGGGCACCAUCCAGGCCGCCGAUGGCUCAGCCCAAGGUCAGCAAGUGUCUGGGUACCGGCUACGCGAUAUCGACAUCCUCAGAGCCCUAUUGGUCCCGGAAAACGAGUCACUAGAGGUUCAGACCCAGCUUCGACCCGCCGAUGAUAAGGAAAUUGGGCUCAAGGGGUUCUAUCACUGGCAGGUACAAUCUGUCACCAGGGAUAAUAUCUGGUUACUACAUGCGAAAGGGUUCAUCAAGGUCGAAUUUGACAGCAAAUCGACCGUAGAUCGAACCCACCUCGACAACCUGACACCUGCCAUACCUGGCUCUGCUCGCCGAAUCGCGCCCGACGAUAUGUUCAACACCUUCAGAGCCGUCGGCAUUGAGCAUGGUCCGCUGUUCCAGAAUCUCAAGACCAUCCUCCAAUCCCACACGGAACAAAGAUCCAAGACGACACUCUGCAUAGCCGAUAGUUUAGUCGACGACCCGAAGUCGAGCGGGAUCAUGCACCCUACCACUCUCGACUCGGUCGUCGUAGCGGCAUAUACGGCCCUUCCCAAGGCCGGCUAUUUCCAGGAGAGUCCUCGUGUUCCCCGCAAGAUCAGGCAUUUCUGGAUAUCGAAUCUGAUCAGUCGUGAUGCAGGGCACGAGUUUGACGCCUGCUCCAGGGUUCUCUAUGAUGACUCUCAGAGCUUUGAAGCCGACAUCCUUCUCUUCGACAAGCAUGACCAGUCAAACUCAGUGCUGGAGAUUCAAGGGUUGGUGCUACAGUCUCUUGGUCAGUCGAUAAGCAAUGGAAGCAAGAAAUCUUGGGAGCGUGAGGUGUGCAACAAGGUCGAGUGGAACAUGGACAUGUCUCUCGCGUCCCCCGAGUCACUCGAUAGUUUACAGCGACAGCUCACACGCCCUGAGGUUCAAGAGCGCUUGGCGACGGAUCUCAGGCCUCUCUGCGUCUACUUCAUCCGCGAAGCGCUCCAACAGCUCUCGUCAUCUGAUGUAUCGAGCUUGGGCGGACAUUUCGUCAAGUUUUACAAGUGGAUGCAGCAUCAACUGGAAGUAACUGCCAAGGCUGGGGAUCAAGAUCUUCGAUCACUGGGCACACAAGAGCGUGAAGCCCUGAUCGAAUCAGCCUCGGCGAAGAGCGUGGUAGGCGAGAUGGUUUGUCAUCUCGGACCCCAUCUUACCGACAUGCUUCGCGGCAAAAAGGCCCCUCUCGAGCUGAUGGCUGAGAACAAUCUCCUAGGCAGAUACUACGAAGAAGCACCUGGGCUGAAGCGAUGCUUCAAUCAGCUAUCCCAGCUGCUCAAGACUGUCAUCCACAAGAACCCCAGGGCGCGGAUUCUCGAGAUCGGUGCUGGUACGGGCAGUGUGACUCGCCAUGCCCUAGACAUCAUUGGUACCGCGCAGUCCGGUGGUCCACUGGCUGGUCUGUAUCACUACACCGAUGUGUCCAUGGGCUUUUUUGAGACUGCAAAGAAUGAGUUCUCGGCGUGGAACGACAUCCUGACAUUCCAAAAGUUGGAUAUCGAACAGGAUCCCGCGACUCAGGGCUUCACGCUAGGUAGCUACGAUGUGGUGAUUGCUUGCGAAGUCUUGCAUGCUACCGAAUCCAUAUCUGGUACCCUGUCCAACGUCCGGAGCCUCAUGAAGCCAAACGCCUCGCUGUUGAUGAUCGAAACAACACAGGAUCAGACAGAUAUUCACUUCGUUUUUGGGCUCCUUCCUGGUUGGUGGCUCAGCCAGGAGCCGACACGCGAGACGAGUCCUUCUCUCGAUAUCCCGUCGUGGAACAGUGCACUGAAGACGGCAGGCUUUAGCGGAAUUGACAUCGCUGUCAACGAUAGUGAAGAUGCUUCGAACUAUGCAUUCAGCACCAUCCUUUCACGAGUACAGCCAGCAGAUUCCUCACCAGACGUCAACGUUCAAGAUAUUGCACUUGUUUCUGGGUCAAAGUCUGCACCCCCAGCCGAGUGGAUCACAUCCUUGGCACGGUCCCUAGGCGUUUCGGAAGGCUCCUUCACAUUUCACCAGUUGGACUCAUCGAGUGUGACCGGAGAUUCGUACAGGGGCAAGAUAUGCGUAUUCCUUGGCGACCUCAGUGGCCAAACACUGUUUGAACUCGACUCCAGGGCACUGGAAGGUCUGAAGCUCGUUGUUGCCAACUGUCUUGGUCUGCUUUGGGUAACUGUUGGAGGUGUGAUCAAGUGUGAGAAUCCCGUCUCAGCAAUGGCGACAGGCUUUGUACGUUCUUUGAGGAAUGAGUAUGUUGGCCGUAAAAUCGUCACCUUAGACCUGGAUCCGGCCUCUGCCGCGUGGUCUGCUACCCGCCAUCAAGCCAUCGCGCAGGUUCUGAAGCAUGUCUUCAGUGAAACAAAUGAUAAUAGCAUACUCGAUCCCUCCCCAGACGACUUUGAGUAUGCCGAGCGAGGCGGAACCAUUCUCAUCCCACGGCUUUACAAGGAUAUGGCCAGAAACGACAUUGUAUCCCCGUCUCUGUCAGGUCAAGACUCAUCGAAUGAGUCAGCCACCGAGUAUUUCCACCAACAACGCGCCAUUCGUCUACACGUUGGCACUCCUGGUCUUCUGGACACGUUGGCCUUUGAUGAUGACGACACGGCUAUCUCUGAAGACACUCCACUUCCCGAUGACCUUGUAGAGAUAGAGGUCCGGGCUUACGGACUGAACUUCCGGGAUGUUAUGGUGGCUAUGGGUCAGUUAGAGGAUAAGAUCAUGGGCAUCGAAUGUGCUGGCGUCAUUACGAAAGUGGGUGCUCUGGCUGCUUCGCAUGGCCACGAGGUGGGCAGUCGUGUAUUCGCUCUCCUUCGUGGGCCUUUCGCAAAUCGUGUCCGCACCGAGCAUUGGAACGCUGUGCCCAUGCCGGAAGAAAUGACAUUCGAGAAGGCUGCUUCUAUGCCCAUGGUGUUUACCACAGCCUAUGUGGCACUGGUGGACGUGGCUCACUUGCAGAAGGGCCAGUCUGUCCUGAUCCAUGCUGCAGCAGGGGGUGUCGGCCAAGCUGCGAUCCAGAUAGCCCAGUAUCUGGGACUUGUUAUCUAUGCCACCGUAGGAUCACCCAAGAAGAGGGAUCUUAUCAAGCGGCGAUACGGGAUCCCAGACCACCACAUCUUCAACAGUCGAGACACAUCAUUCGCCUCGAAUGUACUUGACAUUACUGGCGGUCGUGGCGUAGACAUGGUUCUCAACUCCCUCGCAGGGCCGUUGCUUCAGGAGAGUUUCAACCUCGUCGCACGGUUUGGGCACUUUGUCGAAAUUGGAAAGCGGGACCUGGAACAGAAUAGCUUCUUGGAAAUGCGGCCUUUCACACGCCAUGUGUCAUUCUCCUCUCUUGACAUACUUCACUUGACAGAGGGCAGAGGGGUUGAUGUUCGUCGCAUCCUCACUGAAAUUGCACGUCUCACCGAGCGAAGGGUCAUCUCACCCGUUGAUCCUCUUACCAGUUAUCCUGUUUCUGACAUCACUAAGGCAUUCCGUCUGAUGCAGACCGGAAAGCAUAUGGGUAAGGUUGUUGUGUCGACAGGUCCGCAAGAGAAGGUUGGCGUGCGAUCCCAUCCGAAUGCUGUCAAGCUAUCGCCAGAUGCGUCCUACCUUCUUGUUGGUGGCCUAGGAGGUAUUGGAAGAUGCUUGGUCAGCUGGCUUGUGAGCAUCGGCGCGAAGAAUAUCAUUCUCAUGUCACGAUCAGCUGGAACGACAAACGAGGAUCGCACGUUUGUGCGUGAGUUGUCUGAGACGGGGUGUAGAAUUCAGUGUAUCAGCUGCGAUGUCUCUAAGGAUCAUCAUCUCCAACGAGCUAUCCAGGUUUGUAAGACAGUUGAACUACCACCCAUUCGAGGUGUCAUCCAUGCAGCCAUGGUGCUGCAAGACUCUAUCCUAGAACAAAUGACGACGGAGAACUUCCAGGCAGCCAUUGCCCCCAAAGUCAAUGGGUCUUGGAAUCUUCAUAGCAUGUUCCAGGAUGUCGAUUUCUUCAUCAUGUUGUCAUCCAUCAAUGGCAUUGUUGGCUAUGCCAGCCAGUCCAACUACUCAGCCGGAGGGUCGUACCAGGAUGCACUGGCCCGAUGGCGAGUUGCACAGGGCCUACCCGCUGUAUCUCUCGAUCUUUGCGCCGUCAAGACAGUGGGCUAUGUUGCUGAGACCGCGGGCGUGGCCACACGUAUGCAAAGAGCAGGCCACAUGCUGCUUAGAGAAGAUCAACUACUUGGUCUGCUGGAGAGCGCCAUCCUAGCUCCGUUUGAUCCCCAAGUCAUCGCCGGGAUCAAUACAGGACCUGGUUCCCACUGGAACCGCGACGGUGAAUCACAGCUCGGUAGAGACGCACGCUUCAGCACCCUGCACUAUCGCCAGCCUCAGCAGAGUCAGAACAAUGGCGACAGUUUGACAAGCAAGAAUUCCCUGGCUCUGAGUCUAGCCGAGGCAUCCUCGCGGGCUGAUGCCGAAGCAAUAGUUUUCGCGGCGAUUGCGCAAAAGCUAAGCUCAAUCUUUGUCAUUAGCGUUGACGAAAUAGAACCGAGCAAACACCCAUCGCAGUAUGGCGUUGAUUCUUUGGUUGCUGUUGAAUUGCGGAACAUGAUUUCGCUUCAGGCAGCUGCUGACAUCUCCAUCUUCAACAUUCUGCAGAGUCAGUCGUUGGCUGCGCUGGCUGGUGAGAUUGUGACAAGGAGUCGAUUUACAGAAGUGGUAUGA